UGGAUGAGAUCUUGGCUGCAACAACACAGAGCCGGACAAAUACCUUAUAGAACUACUCCAUGGAAACGGUCCAAUCUAACCACUGUCAGUUAAACAAUGAGCGAAUAGAGACCAAGGCUGGAUUGGUGUCUUUUGGCUGAUUGCAAUGGAGGGGGCCAAACAAACCAGAGUUUCUCGUCCGCACAGAAUCAGCGAGUCAUCCAAGGUGUACAGAUUGGCUGAGCACCCAGGCACGGUGCUGCAAGGGCUGAACGAGCAGCGUCAGAAGGGGCUGUUCUGUGACAUUAUCCUGUUGGCGGAUGAGCAGCGUGUACCAGCCCACCGCAACCUUCUCGCUGUCUACAGCGACUACUUCAAUUCCAUGUUUACCAUCGGCAUGCGGGAGGCCUGCCAACUGGAGGUCGAGCUGGUGGGGGCCUCUUACAUUGGCCUCAAAGCCGUCAUUGACUUUCUGUACAGCAGCGAGCUCCCGCUGGACGGGGGCAACAUUGACUAUGUGCUGGAGACGGCCCAUCUGUUGCAGGUGUGGCAGGUGGUGGACUUUUGUUGUGAGUACCUAGAGAAUGAGGUGAGCGAGGAGAACUACCUGUACCUGCAGGAGCUGGCUUUCAUCUACAGCCUGGAUCGACUCGAUUCGUACAUUGACAGCUUCAUCCUCUGUAACUUCGGUACCCUGUCCUUCACCCCGGACUUCCUGCAGAAUCUCAGGAUGCAGAAACUCUGCUAUUACCUGGCCAGCAACCAUGUGCAGCAUGACUGUGAACACAACCUGCUGCAGGCCGCUCUGCAGUGGCUCACCCAAAACCCUGAGAGGGAAUCAGAUGCCCGCCUAGUCCUGGCCAACAUCCACUUCCCACUCAUUCCGAUGAGUGACCUCCAGCACAGGGUCAAGCCGACAGUGUGCGCCCUGCUCCCAAAGGAGGCCAACUGUGAGGCUCUGAUUGAGGAGGCCCUGGGUUACCACAGCCAGCUCAUGGUACAGCCAGUCCUGCAGAACAAGCGCUCAACACUGCGUGCUGAUGCCGAUCAGCUGCUGUUUGUUGGAGGGGAAGUGUCAGAGCGCGGGGAGGAGCUGAGCGAUGAUGUUUGCUUCUUGGACCCUGCCGAAGGCCGCUGGGUGUCUGAGACUGAGAUCCCUGCCCGCCGGAGCCACCACUGCGUCACUGUGAUGGGAGGGUUCAUCUUCGUGGCAGGGGGAAGCUCAUCCCGGGACAAUGGAGGGGACGCUGCCUCUAACGUACUCUACCGGUAUGAUCCCAGGUGCAACGAGUGGAUAAAGGGCACUCCUAUGAAGCAGCGGCGCGUGGAUUUCUACCUAGGCACUAUUGCAGACCGGCUGAUUGCUGUGGGUGGACGGAAUGACAAUGGAGCGCUGUCCUCUGUGGAGGUCUACAGCCCGCAAACAGACACCUGGUCCUACGUGGCAGGACUCCCACGAUUUACCUACGGUCAUGCUGGCUCGUCCUCUAAAGAGUUUAUCUACAUCUCUGGGGGCCACGACUACCAGAUUGGCCCUUACAGACGGAACAUGCUUUGUUACAAUUACCGCACAGAUGUGUGGGAGGAGAAACACCCCAUGAUCAAGGGUCGGGGCUGGCACAGCAUGUGCACCCUUCAGGAACACAUCUAUGCCAUUGGAGGCAGUGAUGACCAUGUGGAGACCAUGGAGCGCUUUGACAUCUUGAGUGUGGAGCGCUUCAGCCCCCAGUGUAACCAGUGGACCAGAGUGGCUCCCCUGUUCCAGGCCACCAGUGAGUCCGGGGUUGCUGUUUUGGGUAGUAAGAUUUACAUCCUCGGCGGCUACAGCUGGGAGAACACUGUUUUCUCCAAAAUUGUGCAGGUCUACGAUUUAGAGACGAACAAAUGGACAAGGGGAGUGGACCUGCCUAAAUGCAUUGCAGGGGUGUCUGCAUGCAUCUGCAAGGUCAAACCCAGGAGCCUGGAAAAGAAGCUGAAGAUGAAAGGGCAUCAGCUCAAUGGACGGGGAUCCAUUCAGCUUGCAAAAGAGAGAAGACUUUAACAAAGAAAAUGCUUUCAUAAUAUGUGAACAAAAAAAAACAGAAAAAACUUAUCGUAAGCAUCCAGGGUUACAUUUCCAGCUGUUUCAACUCCAGAUAAACAGUAUUAUGAGUAUAGGUGCUUAAUAUUAAAAACUAAAAUUGCAACAGGCACUGUUUUUAGUUCCUCAUGAAUAGAAUAGUGUCUAAUAUACAGUAUUAAAGCGUGCAUUUUGUAAUGGUUUCAGAAAAAAAAAAAGACUUGUACGAGUAAUCUGAAAAUAUAAAAUAGGGGCCAUAAUUAUCUGAACCUGCAUUACAAAAAAAGAAAACAAGUUUUGAAAUGUAAAGUAUGUAAUAUGGACAGAUUAAAAUUGAAACAAGGCAAAACAAAUUUAGUUAUACCACUGUGGAAACUAGUAAAAACAGCAAAUUGCUAUGUUUAAAAGUAGAAUUAUUAUAAAUAAAGUAUAAGAACUAGAAGCCACAUUAACAGCUGAACUUGGCUACCCCUAACCACAUAGAAACAUUCACAAAUAGUGGGUUUAGGUUAUUAGCAGGGACUGACAGGAUAGAAGAGGAGGUAUGUAGGUACAUAUGACAUCAUUUAUCUUGACUUUCGAAAUGCUUUUGACAUGAAAAACUUGUUAAGCACAAAUCGGUAGAAAUCCAGAGUAGUACAAGCACAUGUCUUCAUACAAAGGAACCAGAGAGUGUCAUGUUGGGCCAUGUAUUGUACCCCACGUAUACAUUAAAUCAUGCAAAAAAUAUAAAAAUAAAAAAGCUUAAUUGUUAAUAAUUGACAUUCAGCUAAGGAAUAGAAAAUAAGAUCAGUAACAUUUCUUGAAUGUGUUGUUGAUUUAUUAAUUUGUUAGAGAGGGAUGUCGCAGAUUUAUACGGAAACAAACUGGUAACACUAAGGUUAAUUUGAUCAGCCUGUACACUGCCUGGAUUUUAUGAGAGUAUUUUUCAGCAUUGCCUUAGAUUGCAAACCCAAGUUGAUCAGUGCUGUAUUUUGCCCUAGAGAUACAGUAGAGAUGAAAGUGGUGCCAGUGAUGAUGAAGAAAAUCUAGAAUAUCCAGUUCUUCUUCCUGAUGAACAAAAAUGACAAAAGACUUAAAGAUAUUUCAGUUUGGGAGGUGUUGGGAUUUGGGGCAGCAGGGUUGAAGUAGGAAACAUUUGUUUAGCAGUAAAGUACUUCAUUAUUGGUCAAACAAAACUACCCCCCCCCUGUAAUUUCUGCAGAUAGCACAAUGCAUUUUUAAUAUUUGCAAAUAAAUGUUUUUGUCUGAUGCCUGUGUAUGAGUUAUUUAUAAUAGCAUCCAAGGGUUCUGGAGACAUUAUAAACCGGGAGAGCAAAGCGGGUCAUGAGUCUCAUACCAGUUGUGCAGUAGGUGUGUUUUCACAAAGUUUAUAUUGAAGGCAGUUUUUUGUUCAUGUUUUGUUUUGUUUUUUGUUUUGCUUUCUUGGUCUCCGAUUAAUUCUCUGGCUUCUAGUAUGGGAAUUUCAAAAUGGGCGGACAUUUUCAGAGCUUGGAAUUUUUUAAAUAAAAAUGAAGUCAUUAAUAGGUGAUGUAUCGUAUAAAUUAUGACUUUUUGAUGUAACAUUGCUUGAUUGUAACUUUCAUGUUGGCUGAGUUGCAAUUAUAGUACUUAUCUAUAUAUUAUAGAACUAUAAUUGCUGCCAUAUAUAAAUUGCAUACCUACCCAAAAAGCGGUCAAAUGUGUGCUACAGUGGUAUAAAAUAAAUGUGAAGUUGAUAUACCAAUAAAAAAAUAACUUUUUGUUAUUUUUUGGCACAACGUAUAUAACAAUGUAACAAUGUAGCAAUGUAGAUAAUAUAUUUGAUUUUUAACAGUUGGAAACAAACAGCCCUAUAGUGCUGCAAGAUGUCCAGUAGCUACAACCAACCCCCAAUGAAUGGUAAAUAGAAUGUACAGACAGAAUGAAUUUCAACAAUAAUUAAAUUUAGUUAAUGGUGAUGCUUUUUCUGUGCACCUUGGUAUAUGGAAGCGACCUGUCUGUCUAACCGUCUGUCUGGAUAUGCAAUUCUCUAAAUAUAUAUUGUAUCUAGAGAACCACAUAUCCAGUUAUGAACAAAGAAGGGUUCGGGAAACUAAUUGAUGUUAAAAUACAAGAAAACAGUCGACAAAGUAAACAUGCCAUUAUUUUUGUUGGUUUAUUAAAUAAAAAUGUCUUAUGAGUAGUCUAACGCACAGAAAUGCCAGAAAAACUAAAAUGAACUUGAUCAGUAGAUGGGGCUGGCGCAGAUGUAUAAAUACACUUCAAUUCAUCUAGCGAAAAUACCCAGCUUAGCCCAUUGGAAUUGAAAAGCAGCGCCCGCAUUCCGGUAAAAGCACCAUACCUCAAUAC